AAAAGACUUUUUUUCCAGUUGAACAUAAAUUUUUGUUGUGUCGAGUUUUGAAUGAUAAUAAAAUUAGUUUAACAGAGAUGAAUAAAUUUGGAUUUGUGUUGCUUUUUGCUCUGUGCUUGAGUUAUAGUUCAGCACAAUUUUCAGCAUCUGCAGGAUCGGGUUUCGGUUCUGGCUUAGGCAGUGCCUUUGGUGCAGGCGCCUCUGGACUUAGUGGACUUAGUAGUGCUUUUGGUGCUGGUGCAUCGGGACUUGGCAGUUUGGUUCAAGCAGCGUCUAGCUUUGCACCGGGAGGAUUUGCCAAUGCAUUGAACUCAUUCGCCAACGCUGGUAGUGGCAGCAGUAGUUCUGCUAGUUAUGAAAGUUCAGCCAGUAGUGAAUCUGAUGGUGCCCCUGGUUCAGGUUCAGCUUCUAGUCAAUCAUUUUCAUCCAAUUCUGGUCCAGGCUCUGGCUUUGGUUCAGGCUUUGGUUCAGGUUCAGGAAGAGGAUUUGGAUUGGCUAAUGCAGCUGCAUCAGGUUUGAGUGGCAUUGGUUCACUUACCCAAGGUUUCGCUGGACUUGGAACAGGUCUUGCUACUGGUAUUGGAGGAAGCCUCAGCAAAAUUGUCGGCAAUGGAUUAAGCACUGCAACUGGAGCUGGAACUGGAGCUGGAAGAAUCACUGGUGCCAUUUCAACCCUAGGUGCCCUAGCCAAUGCUGGAGGAAAGACUUUCGGUGCUUUAGCUCAAAUCCCACAAAUUUUACAAGAAGAGGGCAUCAAACCAUUCGGUGUAAUGACAUCUCUCAUGUCAUCACUUUCAUCUGGAGGUCCACCUGAUAUUUCAAGCCUAUUUUCAGCUCUUCAACGAAAUGGUGUUGAACCAGGAGCAAUCAUGCGAGUCACUGGUCGUAUCAUGAACAACCCUCAGCUUGUCUCAAGCAUCACUCAAUCCUUAGCUGAUGCUGCAACUGGUAUCGUUGGAACUGCAACUGGAGUUCACCUUGGCGGCGGUGGUCUUGGAUCCGUUGUUGGUGCUGUAAGCAACGGUGCUCAAGGCUUAGGUGCUGCAACCCAAGGAAUUGGCAGUCUCGUAACAGGCAUUGGAGGUAUGGUCACUGAUGCCAUGGGCCAAAUGGGUAGCGGUGGACGCGGUGGCGGACGUGGUGGCGGACGCGGUCGUGGAGGUCAAUCCGGAGGACAAUCAGGAGGCCAAGCAGGAGGUCUAUUCGGAGGCCGAUUCGGAGGCCGAAGAGGAGGAGACGGAGAAGGAGAAGGUAGAUUCUCAUUUGGUUUUGGAGGAAGCCGAGGUGGUCCAGGGCGUGAUAGAUACUAAGCUCUGAUGAUAGUCAACGACUAUCUUCAUUGAUCUCAUUAUUUAGAUCGUAAUUUAUACGCACUUCAUAUCAUGAACAAAAAUUGAAAAUAAAUGUUUAUUUACAAAAAAAGCUUUUACUCAACAAAAGGCUAAAAAAAUCAAAAAA